CAACCACCUGGCUCGAGUAAACUAGCGCAGAUCGGCGGAUCCUUGCCUAUUCGUUGGGCGCCGGGGGGCAUCCCUUUGCUUGCCGUUUUGUUGGAGACCGCCAUCGAGGCGAGGAGACGACUAGCCUGAUUGCGCGGUGACCCAGUGAGCACCGGCCAUCGCUGGCGACCCAGAGACCAACUCGCUCUUUGCCAACUCCCCCUAUCUCUCUUACCCACCUCGGGUCUAUUGACUGCAUCUCGCAUCCUCUCCCUACUACACUUUUCUCGUCGCUUGCCUCGAGCUGUCGUAUUCGUCCUCGCAACGAUGUCGGCCCAGCCCUGGCAGAAUAGCAACCCUAGCGGCCGGGUCCCCGACGCUGCAGUGCUGCGAUCUGCAUCCGAACCAGGCGCCCCAAGCCAACAGCGUCAGCGGAACGAUGAAUCCUGGGUCGAAGUAUCAUCGCACCCAUCUUCGUCCUCCGUGUCGUCCAUCGGCGACGAAAUCGUCACCACCGGCCUCCAAGUGGGUUCGUCUUACCGCCCUCGGCGACGACCUCGCUUGCACCGGCCGCCUCGUGCGCAUUCCGAUGCACAGCAGCCCACUUUUGCUGCCAACCAGACUGGCCAAGCGGGCGCGAGCAGCAGCCAGGAAGAGUACGACGAGAGCGAGAGCGAUGAAGACCGGGUCCUGACGAGCUCCACCGAAAACAUCACUUCGCCUCAGCCGAUUCGAAGAACCCCUCUGCAGCACGCUUCCCAGGCCAAGACCGCCGAACCUGACUCGAGUGACGACGAUGACGAGAAUGCGACCGCAUUAGGAAGACGCCCUCCGGAGCCCUUCCAGCCACAACCCAACGCCUUCACGCACCCGCCUUCGCAUCUAAUCCACCGCCACUCGACGACCUCCGCAAUCCCCCAGCACCGCCGCCCACCGUCGUUCAGCCAGCGAUCUCAUUCCCGCGUCGACCGUCACGCCCCCCAUUUCAUGUCGCCGAACUACCAGGCCGAUAACGAUGCGGCACUGCGCGCCAGCCUGACAACUCUGCUUAGUUGCGCCGCUGCAGCGAGAGGACGGUCCAAGGAUGGCAGCGACAAGGAGAUGGGUGAACGCGGCAGUCCGGCUGCCGGCAGCCAACCUGUCGCGUUGCAUUUCGUUCCCGAGAGCGAGCUGAUGGCCCCGCCACCCGCCCCAGCCCAGACGCAGCGAGCGGGCCAAUCCCCCAGGCCCGGCUCGUCGGCGCCGGCACCCCGCGGGCCCGCUGCCGAGAAAGUCAAGCGAGUAGCUACGCCCACGUCAGGCGCUAAAUCGCCUCGCGCGACUAAGAAGAAGAAGACGAAUUUGGCCACGAGCGAGGACGCUUUCAUCAGCCCCACCCUUCUCACCUGGGUCAUGAGUGCCGGGGUUGUGGUUCUAGUGUCUGUCGUGGGGUUCGGCGCAGGCUAUGUGCUCGGAAGGGAGGUCGGUCGUCAAGAGACGCUGGGCGGGUUGGGCGCGGCAGGCAACGCGAGCGCGGUGGCCGAGGGAACCGACUGCGGCAGAGAGGUCAUUAGAAGCGGCGGCGGAACCCUGAGGAGAUUCCGCUGGGGAACCGGGAUUAGGAGAAGCAUUGCGGCUUGAACGAGGACCUUCGGCGAAUACCCCCCACGCAAAGGACGCGUUGCAGUCCGGCUUGAUGUUUGUUUUUCUUUUUCAAGUACACCAGGAAGCAGGCGGGCUGAUGUAUUUCAUAUCCCACGAGUCGAUGACACACGCCCCUCGGUCAGGGACACGCUAUGUACGCCCCCCUCAGCAUUAAUUUGACAGCUGGCUAUGUAUGAAUAAGAGGAUUAGCCCCGUAUUCC